AUGCACCCAGGCUCUUCCGUUAACCAGCAACAAUUACCAGUGGACCAGCGCGGUCGCGAUGGUAGACACGGUAGUCUGAUGAAUGACCCGCCCGGCAGUACCGCCAAGAACAACUUUGAAAUGUCACCUGCGCCAUCCCAAAACUCUGAGGACAAUUCCACCAGGAGGAUCCAAGCCAAACAAGAGGUGGGAACAAGGUCACCGUCCGCGAUCUCAAUGGCAGGCAAUAACAUUGACACCAAUCAGAGUCGCGAGAAUACGACGACCUCGCGAUUUGCCGACUUUCAAUUCGACUUCAAUGAACCUCCUUCGGCGGCAAACGGCUUCAAUGGAAAACAUCAGGAGCCUCAAUUACCGCCACGGCCUAUUCGUCACCAUCGACAUAUCCUUAGCUACUGGCGAUGGGAGCUUUUGACCAUUGCUGUUGCAAUUUUCCUCCUAGGCGCAAUUAUCGCAUUGCUUGCCUAUUAUGACGGUCGCUAUCAGCCUGAGUGGCCGUUCGGCAUAAAUCUCAGUACAGCCAUCAACUUCCUCGCAACCGUCUUGCGCGCAGCUAUGCUUGCACUUUUGGCUGAGAUCAUAGGCCAGAUCAAAUGGACUUGGUUUACGGAGCGUACUCGGCCGCUGCACCAUCUGCAAGAUUUCGAAUCCGCAUCUCGAUCUGUGCUAGGCUCUAUUAAGCUGUUGGGAGUGGUCAUUUGGACCAGGGGCCUCACCAGUUCCGCACUGCUAGUGGUGGCUGCUUCUGUGGCUACAAUUGCAAGCUUGGCUGUCGGUCCGUUUGCUCAGCAAGCUGUCAAGACGGGUUCAUGCCCCUCGCUCCUAUCUACCGACAACGCGAGCAUACCAGUCGCGUACAGGGUCCCAGGAUCGACUUCGUACUACCGCCUCGGCGCUGGUCGAUGGGAUAUAGAGGUUGACAUGAAGGCUGCCAUGAUUCAGGCUCUCACUUUUCCUAGCGGGAAAGACAGCGCCGUCUCUUACCAUUGCCCUUCCGGCAACUGUACAUUUCCAGACCAAGGGACGGGUGUUACACAUGCUAGUAUUGGACUUUGCAGCAAGUGUCUCGAUACCACCGACUUUGUGUCCGGUCCUGAUGACGGAGGGAACCUGACACUACCCGACUCUGGAAGCUAUAUCAACUUUGGCGGCAACCAACCAUGGAUGUGGGUUGGUUAUAGUAAUCUCACAUGGGCAACGGAGAAGUUCUCACCCGAAUUCGCCGAGGCUGCUGCAUCAGCAAUCAGCAACUUCACCGUUCUCGCUGUGUCUACCAGCCCGUGCUCAGGUAACUUGACGGAGGGAACUCUUGUAUGUCCUCACAACGCCACACGACAGGGAACCAGCUAUGGCGGCGAAGCGGACUACAUAGCCGCAAGCUGCACGCUAUAUCCGUGUAUGAAGGAGUACUCUGGCCUGGUAAACGGAUCAAAGCUCAUCGAGAAGGUUGUGGCUGAAAAGCCAACCAAACUCAACACCAUUGAGACAACAGGGGGAUAUAUCUUUACCGGGGCUGAGAACUAUACUGCUAUACGCGAGCCUUGCUUGCUAGAUAACGGGACUUGGUACACAGAGAAGAAUAUGUCUCGCGCCCAGCAAGUACCGGGCAGAACUUGGGCCAACAUUACCUUGUCUGAUGGCUCUAAUGCCACUGUGCCUAAUGCCUGCCUAUACAAGAUGGGAGGCCAAUUUGCGUCCGCCAUGUCUUACUUUAUGUCCUACACUCUGUUCACCGGAGAGUGCAGAUAUGACAAUAUGCAGUCGGGUCGUAUCAACUGUGGCGAGAGCUGGUGGCUAAGCCCCUUAUGGAUCCAGAAGAACGCCACAUUUGGGACCGUUGAGACGGCUAUUAACGAUUUUGCUACUGCGGUGACGAACAAGCUGCGUUCGACUGGCAGCGGGCCCGAUGCUUUUCUUAAAGAUGCACAUGCGCUCGGUGUUGUCUACGAGAGUAGCAUGUGUAUAUACUUUGACAAGCAGUGGAUCGCUUUUCCAGUGCUUCUGACCUUCAUCUGUUGCGCCAUCCUGGUGUGGAUACUGCUCAAGAACUAUCACGAGCCGGAGCAGCCUGUAUGGAAGGGAAGCGUAUUGCCACUGAUGUUUUUCGGCCUACAGCAGCCUGGAAACCAGGGGAUGAGAGCGGAGAUGACAAUGGAUGUUACCCAGGGCCGCAGACCGCAUCCAGAGCUAAACAAUCUCGAGAACGAGGCAAGUCGGAUGUGGGUACGCUUCUCUGGGGGUUCCGAUCCGUGUUUUACGGAUCUUGGGACAGCUCAAAAGGGCUCUAAAGGCGACCCAAAACAUAGACAAGGCAACCUUGAAGAACAAAACCAGGGUAAUCAACCAUCGAUACGGUUGGACAGAGGAAACAUAAGAUGA